AUGGAGUUAGGAUCGUUGAGGGUGAGCACGGUGCAGAUUAUGAAGGAGGGUUGCAUUGGGGUAGUGUUUUUGCAAGAGUGCUUUGAGUAUAGUGACCUUGUUGAGUCCAUAAGCCAGAAAUUGGAGCUCCGAUCAGAUGAUGUUAUAUCUGAUAUAAUAUAUAGAUUGCCUUGUAUGUCAAAUGAAGUCAUCCAUUAUUAUUGUAUGGAGGUCAAAGAUGAUGAUGAUAUGUGUGCCCUUGUUGAUAGUAUUAUUGUUGUUGAAAAGCUAAUUGGUGAUCCUUUUAUACUGCCUAGUCGUCACAGUGUAUGUGCUCAAAGUUCUCAAUCGUUUGGUGAUUCAACUCUACAAUGUGACCAACGAAGUGUGUAUGUUCCGAAUCAGGCAUUGUCUGAAGCUCCAUUCAAACCAAGUCUCAGCGCAAGUAUUUAUGAUGAGGCUGGUCCAUCACAUGAAGUUAUGGAGUCUUUUCGUGUAUUGAGCCAUUUAGAUGUCCCAUUACCUGAGAGCAUUGACAUACCGAUAGCAACAAAUGACUGUCAGUCCAACCCUUCAGAAGAGAAAGAUAGUGAUGGGCUACUCGGUCAAGAUGAUUAUGAGGAAGAGGCAAUGAUCGAAGUGCUUGAAGCAUUUCAGUUUACUGUAGGAGCCAACUACCCUGUUUCAACGGAUUGGAUUGGAUUAGUGGGUAAUACAGUUGGAAUGGUAGUUGGUACAGAAUUUGAUACAACAUUGGAGUUUCAAGAGAAUGAAGAUGUAAUUAAUGCAGUUAAACAUUAUUUCUUGAAUUACAGUAAAAAAUAUGAAGUUGCUGAGUCAAAUUCGUGUGUUUGGUCAGUCGUAUGUAGGAACACUAAAUAUGAGUGUAGUUGGCAGUUAUGUGCAGCAAGGCUAAAGAAACUUGGUGGAGGAUGGGGCAUAACACGAUAUAAAGGUCCACACACAUGUGCUGCGAGGGCUAUAUCACUUGAUCACAGACAAUUGGACUCAAACUUUAUAUGCAACUGCAUAUUGGAAGGGGUGAAGAAAGAUCCAUCCAAGUUAGUUGGAAGUAUUAUCGUUGAAAUUCACAAUUGGUUGCAUUUCAAACCCUCCUAUAGGAAAGCAUGGGAGGCUAACAGAAGGCUAUUGCCAGAAUUUGGGGUGAUUGGGAUGAAUCAUACCAACGUCUACCACAUUUCUUUGCAGCUCUGCAACAGACAAAUCCUGGAAGUGUUAUAUGGUGGGCAUUCGAUGAUCACACUCAUGUCAGGCAUCAUGCAGUUGAAUUCAACAAAAAAAUUUUACGUCGACUAUUUUGGUCAUUCAAACCAGCUAUCGACAGUAUCGAGUUCACAAAGCCAGUGA